AUGACUGUGGAGGAGCAUGUACUGCCGGUUUCACAGCCUGAUCUCUUCUCUUGGGAUGCCGAACCCCCGUACUCACUAUUUCACAGCUUGCAGGAUGUCCUCUGCAAAGGACAUGUGAGCAAGGCACUCAGGAGCCAUCGCGGCAAGCCGUCAUUGCUUCUCAGCAUCCUGCUUACCAGUACCCCACGGGUUGGAAGAACCAUAGUAGGCAAAGAACUUGCAUCAAUAUCAGGACUGAAAUACAUUGAUGUGGGUGAUUUAUCUUGAUAGGAGCAACUGUAUGAUGGCUAUGAUGAAGAGUAUGAUUGUCACAUUUUAGAUGAAAACAGAGUAGUUGAUGAGUUAGAUAACCAAAUGAGAGAAGGUGGAGUUAUUGUUGAUUACCACUGUUUUGAUUUCUUCCCUAAAUGCUGGUUUCAUGUAGUUUUUGUGCUGAGGACGGAUACCAAUGUAUUGUAUGAAAGACUUGAAACAAGGGGUUAUAAUGAGAAGACUCUAACAGACAAUAUUCAGUGUGAGAUUAUUCAAGUCCUUUAUGAAGAAGCCACAACAUCCCACAAGGAAGAAAUCGUGCAUCAGUUGCCCAGCAAUAUACCAGAAGAGCCAGAAAAUUAUGUAGAUCAGAUUGGAUGGGUGCAGUAG